UCUCUCCCCUUCAUCCUCAGCCGCCACGGGCCUCUCGAGCCAGCCGGCGUCGCGUUCCACGGCCGCCGCAGCUCUGGUCCUCACCGCGGUUUCCUGACGGCGCCCUACGUUCCCUCCUGCGCCACAGAUACCAACCGCUCCUAUUGUGUCUUGGACGAGUCCUACCCGAGCGCCUUCAUAGCAGAGGAACUGUCACUUCACUACGAAUUUCUCGGGAACUUGUGGCGACCCUCGGAGAUGGCCGGCCUCCACAACACCAGCUACGCCACUCCCCCUACAUAUACAAAGAACAACAGACACGAGAAGACAAGAAAACAGAAACGAAAACAAAGCCUACGAAACGUGGGAGGGAAGCAGAAGCAGAAGAAGAAGCAGAAGCAGAAGGAAGAGGAAAAGGAAGACGAUGGUCGAACAAAAAGGAAGGUGGAGAGGGGUGGAGUUGCCCGACACAUCAACACAGGGAGCGGCUGUCCAUGGCGAGGAACACGAGAGGGAAUUGGCGACUCAUCGUGAACGUGGACGGGAAUCCCUCUCUUCGUCAGACAACAUCACUAGAGGAAUGUGCCAGGGAAGAGGCGUCCUGCGACCUCCUCCCCACCCUGGUGACGUCCCGCUGCGUCCAGAAGCAUGUCGUCCACAACCUCUUGUCGUGGGCUCCUGAAGAAGGUUUCUACGUCGACUCCUACAGCUUGCCAAGUGCCUGUGUGUGUUAUAUAUCGCGCGUAGACCUUCACUUGCUCUAUACUUUCGUGGAGAAUUGGGACAUUCGUCACUGAUAUAUGACCUCUUUACUCAUUGUUUACGAAGUAUGGAUGUGUUGCAUGAUUUAUUUAAUAAUAUAUUUUAAGAUUUAUUUUUUAUACUAAAUAUAUUUGAAUCAUACUUGAUAACUUUCAAAGCAAUGGUUAUCAUUAUAUUUUUACUUUAUAACUUUCUACAUCCAUACUUACGCCAGUGCACUUUUGCAAAUAAACCUGUUAUAAAUGUAAAAUUCUGUAGAUACAGUGCUCGAGUUUGAGGGCUAUGUCCCAGCAACUAGCAAUCAGCAAUACUACUGAUUAUUGUUUCUGUCAAACCCAGGGAAUAGCUGUUAUUACUAAAUAACUAGAUGAAUAUACAGCCAUCAAUAACUCCUCGCUUGUAGAAGUCUACAGGUUGCGUUUGAAGCCAUGAAGUGAUUUCAGAAUCAGUGUUUCAUUAUCUUGGAAAUGUUUGCCCUUCAAAAAUGAAUUCAUGGAUGGAAAAAGGUGAAAAUCUGAUGAUGCAAGGUCGGGAGAAAAGGGAGGAUGAGGAAGGAUGCCGUAGACACAGGGCUGUGCUUUCAUCUAGGCAAUGUGAGAGUUUUGAACAGGGGUGUUGCUUGUAGGAGGUGGAUACCUGUGGUCAUUCCUCAACUCUUGGUUUUGAUAGCCUCCUGCAAUUUCUGUAGCAGUGAAGCAUAGUAUGCUUCCUGAAAUUGUAGUACCUUUUGCCCGGAAAUCUGUUAUCACUACUCCAUGCUGGUUCCAAAAGUCUAUGAGCAUGACCUUGCCUGCCGAAGAUGUGACGUGCCUUUUUGGGGGGUGGUGAGUCAAAGUGCUGUCAUUGUUUUGAUUGGGUUUUAGUGUCUGGAUCAUGGUGCUGGACCCGAAUUUCAUCCUGCAUAAUUAGUCUGUCAAAAAAGUCCUCCCGGUUCUCUUGGCACGUGGCUAAAAGAGCCUCGGAACAAUGGACUUGUUCCUGGUUCUGGAAAGGUGUGAGUAGCCAAAUUUUGCAUGUGCAGAUGGUCAUGAAUGUUUUUGUCCACAGACUCAUCACUAUCUUGCCAUUUUAGGAUAGCUGACAAAAAGUAACAUAGCAUCUUCCAAAACGCCAGUCUGCACUUGAUGGAUGGUGUCCUCAUAAAUUUCGGACUGGGGUCGCUCUGGGAUAGGAGCAGUUUCCACAGAUCUCUGGCAUCCUCCCCACAAGUUACUUUCCUUUCAUUGAAGUUCUCUUGUGGUGUAUGGCCAUUCAAGUAUAAAAACUGAUCACUGGUUGAUACUCUACUGGUUCCAUUUUCACACCUUACUGCACCUUCACUGCUGUAACAGAAAACAUUUUGUGAGUUAAGGACUGGAGAAUCAAUACAUGACCUAAAAAGAUGUGCAUCAUUAUGCAUUAUUUCAGCCUCAUAGGAUAAGUGGAAAUGGGUCAAGGGAAAUCUUUAAUGAGCACCCCUCGUAGCCAUUCAAAUAAUACUGACAACAAAUAAUACUAUAUCAUGAAAGAGGGAAGACUGUUAACAGUUACAUUGACAUGUCAUGACUAGCUAAUCUUCUGAUUUGUGCAAAAUUGACUAUAGUUCGUACAACUAUGUUGUGGAAACAUAUCUGGUGUAGUUAGCAAAAAUGCAUAAGGAAUAAAGAACUCCAUAUUCAAA